AUGUCGUCCUUCUUCACAGCUCCCUCUGCGCAGAAGAAGCGCAAGACCGCGCCCACGUCCGCCAAUGGCCCCAAGAAGCGGCUGGCCACCAACACAAAGUCUGCUGCCAAGGCGCCCACCAAGGCACCGCCGCCAAAGAGACGACAGGAGCGCGAUGACGAGUCGAUAUCCGGCAGCGAUUCCGACGACGGCGACGACGGGCCCGCCGAAGACCAGGACGGUGACGAAGCCGGCUCCGACUCGGAGAAGGAAGGCGAGACCGCGGCCGAGAAGCGGCUCAGAUUAGCAGAGCGAUACCUGGAGCGCGUGCGGCGAGAGGAGGAGACCGUGGUGGGCUUCAAUGCCGAGGACGUGGACCGCGAUCUGAUAGCAGAGCGUCUCAAGGAAGACGUGGCCGCAUCCAAGGGCAAGGUCUUCCGCCAGGUCGCAGACGAGCUGGAUUUCCACAAGGCCACCCACUGCCUCUUCCGCGCCGAUACCCUCUCCACCACAAAUAUUACUACCUGCCCCCCUUAUGCCUACACCGCCUCCAAGGACCGAACGAUAGUCAAGUGGAGGAUACAGGACCUGCCCAAGGACCAAUAUCCCCAGACCACCAAGAAGAAGCCCAAGAGGCAAGCGCCCCCGCGCAAGAAACCAGACAAGGUCGCCGUGCUCAAGCCCUCCAAGAACAAGGCCAAGGACAAGACGUACCAGGGCCACGUAGCGGGCGAGAUUCUCUGCAUUGCCGCCUCGCAAGACGGCAAGUUUGUGGUCACCGGAGGCACAGACCGGCGCCUGGUGGUAUACGACAGCAAUCUGAAGCCUCUCCGGGCCUGGCUGCACCACCGUGAUGCCGUCACCGCCCUGGCUUUCAGAAGGGGGUCGAAUCAGCUAUAUUCCGCGAGCAAAGACAGAACAAUAAAAGUCUGGAGUCUCGACGAGAUGGCCUACAUCGAGACCUUGUUCGGCCACGCAGACCACGUUGUCGACAUUGACGCCCUCGCCCUCGAACGCUGCGUGUCGGUUGGUGCCCGGGAUCGGUCUGCUCGGUUAUGGAAAGUCGCAGAAGAGACACAAUUAGUGUUCCGCGGUGGCGGGAACUUUGACAAGAAGCGUCUGCCCAACAUUGACCCACGAUCAUUAGCUGUGGAAGGCAGCAUGGACAGAGUCGCCAUGAUCGACGAGGAAUUAUUUGUAACAGGGUCCGACAAUGGAAGCAUUGCUCUAUGGAGUAUAACGAAGAAGAAGCCGCUUUAUAUCAUGCCACAAGCCCACGGGCUGGAGGCGCCCCUGAAGCCCGAGGAAGCUUCGGCAGAGGUGCACCCGGACCCCAGGAUCGUCCCACCCCCUCAGCCGCGCUGGAUCACGGCCCUGCGGACUGUCCCGUACUCGGACGUCAUCGUGUCCGGCAGCUGGGACGGCUGCAUCAAGCUGUGGAAGCUGAGCCAGGACAAGCGGUCCAUCGAGCCCCUGGGCUCACUGUGCGAGGCCGACGCGCGAGACUCUUCCCCCGAGUUCAACGGCGUGUCUGAGGACUCGGACGACCAGCGCAAGGCCCUCAGCAGCGUCGGGGCCGACUCCUGGCUGGUCAAGGGCGUCGUGAACGACAUCUCGGUCUUCGAGCGCGGCGACCGCGGCAAGGACGGCCUGUGCGUCGUCGCAGCCGUCGGCAAGGAGCACCGCUUCGGCAAGUGGAAGAAGGUCCAGGGCGCCAAGAACGGCGCCGUUGUGUUCGAGGUGCCCAGGUCCGCCCUGGCCAACGGCGACAACGCCGACGAGUCGGGAGCGGAGGAGUAA